AUGGCUAGGAUCUCACGGGAUGUGUUCCUUGAGAUCGCGCAGCAUUUAGACGUCAAGACUCUAUUCAAGCUUUGUGAGACAAGCAAGGAGGCCAAUAUGCUCCUCAAGACGUAUGAGCGUUCAUUAUCACAGUUACGCCUAGCAAACUUCCCUGUCCCGCCUACUGGUGAUGUGCUCUCUUCAGAGCUAUAUCUUCGACGCCCAAUUAAGCAUAGAAGCUUUGAAAUGCUUCUAGAGUUAGAGAAUCGGAAAUCCCGAGUUAAGGACAUACUCACGGCCUCUCCCCACUUCAAUCUUAAGUCACCACCCGGCUUAGGAGAACUCACGAUUCCUCAGCAAGAACGCCUAUGUGCACUCCUAUACCGUGCAUUUGCACAAUGCGAUUAUAUUGCAGAUAUCGCAGCCAAUACACCUUGCCAACUUCCUGAGGCACAAUGGUAUAAACCCCGAUUCAUAUCAUGGUGGAUUGGGCGUGAUGUACCAGAGGGCUUUCGUCUGAAAGAUCCGUAUACGAACUAUUCCGCACGCCCUACGCAAAUGGAAUACAUCCGCAACCUAUCCAAACAGGAUUGCAUCAUGAUGUACUAUCUGAUGAAUAUGAUGGGAUCGUGCUUCGUCAAGUCCCGCGAAGAUUGGAUCCUCUCAGAUCCCGCCUUUUACGAGAGGACUAUUGUCUUUAAGGAAUGCGUUCUGCGACAUGGGUCAUGGUACGCAUGGGCUCACUUCAUGGGAAACAGCGAAUGGGAAAUCAUGACCGUUGAUAUCGCUAGGAUCGGAAUGGCCGAACUCAAUAGGUUUGAGUACGGCGACCAAGAUGCCAUAUGUAGUCUACAGUCAGUGCUGAUUGGUCGGUUUAAUGAACUGCACGAGUCCCCUGACAACAAAACCGAGGUCGUACAACAGGCCGUCAGGUCUUUGAUCACUGCGAAUAUUGACGACAGCGACGAUCGAGACCGGGAUGAGGAAGACCAAGAAUAG